AAACGGUCGAUCAGCGACUGUUGAGUUCGUGCCUUGCGCGAGAAGGAAAUUGUAGAGGAAAACGGCGUUCAAUUGCGAAGAAUUUGAUCAAAUUAAAUUAAUAACUCGUGUACAACAUCAAUGGAGUUUCUUUUCUAUGGCAUUUGAUACAAGUUUGCUUUAAAUUGAUUUGAUUUUUGCACCAUCAAACGUCUUAAGUCUGCUUGCAGUAGUGAACCAGGCAGUAUGUACGAUUUCUAACAGCACCAUCAAAACAACCGUACCACAGCAGAAGUAGGCCACCUUCGGUCGGUAUCACAGACCGGCGCACAGCUGUUUUCUGAUAAGGGUUCUAUGCUACGCCCGCUCGCUCUGCUACCAUCCUGCAUCCUUCGCCGAACGACAGUAAGCGUUUCCGCCCGGCGCAACACAAUGGCCACCGAUGGCAGCGGCACGGCCCCGGCGACGACCCCGACGGCGACCGACAACGAGUACUCGGUCGCGUUCGUGACCACGCCGGACAGUGCGGUGGCAACGAAGCUGGCCCGCCAGCUCGUCGAGCGGAAGCUGGUCGCGUGCGUCAACAUCAUCCCGGGGCUGACGUCGAUCUACUCGUGGGAGGACAAGAUUAACGAGGACCCGGAGGUGCUGAUGAUGCUCAAGACGCGCACCGACCGGGUCGAGGAGGUGAUACGGUUCGUGCGGGAAAGCCACCCGUACAGUGUGGCGGAGGUGAUCGCGAUGCCGAUAGCGGCUGGCAACCCACCGUACCUCGACUGGAUCGGCAAAACUGUCCCCAAGCGGGACGGGUAGCGCGGGUGCCAUAGGAAGCGAGCAGGUGAAGAAGUUUUUCCUUUUUCUUUCUUUUGCACAUGGGACGGGGAAUUGGGCGACGAGAAUUGAUAUUAUGGUAGAAUAUAGAACGGAGGGGGAAAUUUCUGUACUGUAA